UCGGGGACGCGCAGGGCUGCGCGCAUCCAUGAGGACGCGCCUUUCUGGUCGCGCGCGCUGGAACCCGGACUCUUCAGUGGAAACCGAAGACGCACGAGGGAGGAAAGCGUGAAGCAUGAAGAGGCAGGGGCCCUCCUCCGAGCGGAAGCGGGCGCGGAUACCAUCCGGGAAGGCGGGAGCAGCAAAUGGGUUUCUUAUGGAAGUGUGUGUUGAUUCAGUGGAGUCAGCUGUGAACGCAGAAAGAGGAGGUGCUGAUCGCAUUGAAUUAUGUUCUUGCUUAUUGGAAGGAGGAACCACACCCAGCAUGGGUAUCCUUCAAGUAGUGAAGCAAUAUGUCCAGAUCCCAGUUUUUGUGAUGAUCCGGCCACGUGGAGGUGAUUUUUUAUAUUCAGAUCGUGAAGUUGAGGUGAUGAAGGCUGACAUUCGUCUUGCCAAGCUUUAUGGUGCUGAUGGUUUGGUAUUUGGGGCACUGACUGAAGAUGGACACAUUGACAAAGAACUGUGCAUGUCCCUUGUGGCUAUUUGCCGUCCUCUGCCAGUCACUUUCCACCGAGCCUUUGACAUGGUUCAUGAUCCAAUGGCAGCUCUAGAGACCCUCUUAACUUUGGGAUUUGAACGUGUAUUAACCAGUGGAUGUGACAGUUCGGCACUAGAAGGACUACCCCUAAUAAAGCGACUCAUAGAUCAGCUGAGUAAGGAGAGAAUAAUUCUUGAAUCAAUGAGAAAUUUCAGUAUGGAGAUUACAGGGGGUGGCAUAACAGACAGAAACCUGCAAAGGAUCCUUGAGGGUUCAGGUGCUACAGAAUUCCACUGUUCUGCUCGGUCAGCUAGAGAUUCAGGAAUGAAGUUUCGAAAUUCCUCUGUUGCUAUGGGAGCCUCCCUUUCUAGCUCAGAAUAUUCUCUGAAGGUAACAGAUGUGACCCAAGUAAGGACUUUGAAUGCUAUUGCAAAGAAUAUUCUGGUUUAGACAGACCCCUCUGAGAGACAUGGAUAUCACCGGACAAAGGUAGAAGAAUAGUCUACAAUUCUCUAUAACACAGCUUUAACCUUCUCCAGCCAGGACAGUCACAGUCUUUAAGUCUUACAUUACCAUGGAGAAUGUUUCCAAGAAGAAGAAGAACUUGAAACAGAGUACAGUCACUUUCUUUGCUUAAUCUUGUCAGCCAUCUCCAUCAUCAUGGUUAAAUCUGGCCUACACUUCUUCCACAGACAGAGUCUUAGUUUGUUUUCAGUGGAAUUAAUUGAUGAACUGGGAAAAUUCACCUACAAGGUACAAACUUAGGUAUGACUUCAUGGUCAACUCAAUAGCAAUAUUUUGCCUUUUCAUUUGUAAAAUAAAAAUUGCCAUUCUAUGAUG